AUGCGUCAUGAGGUUGCUGGCCUUCUUGGGAACUUGAACGUCAUUUACGGGCACUGGCAGUUAGUGGACUUUCGAAGUGAAACAACAACCAUCAAAAUGCCGCACACCAAAACAGAUACCGCAUUCCGAUACCCUCAAAACGAAGACCAGAGCCGUCGUCUUCGCAACACCACCCAGGAUCAAAGAGCCGCUCAGAGGCAGCAAUACUCAUCGGAGUCAGCCACUGCGGCAUCCCUGGCAGCCGAUCCAACCUCCAAUUGGGGUCCGGAGGAAUUCUUCGAGACCACCGUCGAUGAGUACGGUCAGCCAGUCACUGACCAGUAGGCCUUCACGGAUGGUGCGAGGAUGAGUAGAGGCGUCUC